CAGACCUGGUUUUCUGCUGGUUCACAGAUGUGGGAACAGCUGGCAGAGCUGCUUCAUGAUGACAUCAACGAGUCACACAAACAGGAACAAAGAUGCAACACUUUCAGAACCUCGGGAGAAAAUAAGUGAAGAAUUUUAUUUUCGAUAAUUCAUCGAUCAGUGAUUUGUAGGAGGAAAAAAACCCUGUCACGUGACUUUGUGUUUUCCCUGCUAACAACAUGGCUGCGGAGGAUCUGCCGUCUGAGUUUGACGUGGUCAUUCUGGGCACAGGUCUUGCUGAGUCGGUGGUGGCAGCCGCGUGUUCCAGAGUUGGACAGAGGGUUCUUCACGUUGACAGGCGGAGCUACUAUGCAGCCAAUUGGGCGAGCUUCACCUUCAACGCUCUGCUCACCUGGAUACAGGAGAUUCAAGCAGAGUCUCUGUCAGAGGAGGUCCAGGAUCGGUCGAGCUUGGUGGAAGAAGGGGAGGAGCUGAUCUACCUGUCAGGCUCAGACUCCGCCUCCAUCAGUAACCUGCAGGUGUUCUGCUACGUCAGUGAGGAAGCCGAGGAGGAGGAGGAGCCUGCAAACACCACAGAAGAAGAAGAGGCGGGAGCAGCAGGUGAAGGCGCCGCUAAAGAGCCAUCAGAGACCGAAUCAGCAGGUUCAAAAGAAGAAGAAGCAGGUGAGGCCGCUGAGGGAGACGAGCAGGCUGCUCAGGAACAGGGGGAGGAGCCAAAAGCGGAUCAGCCACAGCCCUCUGCUCCUCCCAGCCAAUCAGAGCCAACCAGGAAGAAAAUCAGCUACACCCAGCUGGUAAAGGAAGGACGCCGGUUCAACAUCGACCUGGUUUCUAAGCUCAUGUACUCUCGCGGCUCAUUGGUUGACCUGCUCAUCAAAUCAAACGUCAGUCGCUAUGCAGAGUUCAAGAACGUGACCAGGAUACUGACCUAUCGCCACGGCAGCGUGGAGCAGGUGCCCUGCAGCAGAGCUGACGUGUUUGCGAGCCGUCAGCUGUCUGUGGUUGAAAAGAGGAAGUUGAUGCGUUUCCUGACUUCCUGUGUGGAGGAGACGGAGGAGCACCAAGCUUACAACGGUCGGCCAUAUUUGGAGUUCCUUCGCGAGCAGCAGCUGGGUGACAACCUGCAGCACUUCCUGCUUCACUCCAUUGCCAUGGUGACAGAAGACACACUCACCAAGGUGGGGCUCGCCUCCACGCGCCACUUCCUGCGCUGCCUGGGUCGCUAUGGCAACACUCCCUUUCUCUUUCCUGUGUACGGACUUGGAGAGAUUCCCCAGUGUUUCUGCAGGAUGAGUGCUGUGUUUGGAGGGAUCUACUGCCUGAGACACUCGGUCAGCUGCCUGAUCGUGGACAAGGACUCCAACAGGUGUAAGGCGGUGAUUGACAGCCGAGGGCAGCGAAUCAGCUGCAGCCAUUUUGUGGUGGAGGACGGCUUUGUGGGGGCAGACCGGAAGGUGGCCACACCCACCAGGUUGCUGAGCAGAGCCGUCCUGAUCACCGACGCCUCCGUCCUGCCUGGUGACUCGGAGCAGCAGGUGUCUCUGGUCACGGUUCCUCCGACAGACGGGCGCCCGGCGGUGAACAUGGUGGAGCUGAGCCCGUCCACCAUGACCUGCAUACCUGGGACCUAUCUGGUUCACCUCACCUGUCAGUCGGUUGGCUCCGCCUACGAAGACCUGUCGCCAGUGGUAACCAGGAUGUUCUGCAUGGCAGAGUGUCAAGACGAAGAAAACCGUCCAGCUGUCCUUUGGUGUCUGUACUUCAACAUGGCCGAUGGUUCCGGGGUGGAGCCUGAAGGUCACGACCUCCCGUCUAACGUGUACGUGUGCUCCGGCCCAGAUGGCGCUCUGGGACACGAACACGCCAUCAAACAGGCUGAGUCGAUUUUCCUGAAGAUUCUCCCCGAGGAGGAGUUCUGUCCUCCUGCUCCGAACCCCGAGGACAUCAUCUACGAUGGGGAGAACACCUCCCCCACCUCCAUAGGAGAGGAGGAGGAGGAGGAGGGGUUAACAGCAGCAGGGGGGGAAGGGGAGGAGAAACAGCAGGAGCAGCAGGAGGAGGAGACGAGCCUUCAGCCUGAGGAGUAACCUGUAGAUAUAAAGUGUAAAGACCUCCUGCAGUGCAUUGUGGGUAAAAGUUGCCUUUUUUAUUUUUCUAUGAUUUCUGCUGUUUUUCUGUUUUAUUUAAAAACUCAAUAAAGCCUCAACAUGAAGACACGCCUCUGGCUCUGAUUGGCUGUCACACACAGGGUCACACAGGACGUCUCUGCCAAAGGCUUCAGUCAAGCAGCGAAGCCACGCCCCCACACAGACUGAAGCCAAGCACACCUGAAACAGGAAGUUUACCUGGCAGCUGCAGCUGUGAUCAGACUCAGCUGUUGUUGUUUAUUGUAACAGCUGUUUGUUUGUAAACAGGCCUCUGUGAAGCCUUCCAGAUGUUUCUGCUCAUGUUAAUAAGCUCCUCUGUGAAGUCAGCCGGCGUCUGCUAAUAAAACGUUUGUACCACA